AUGUGUACAUUGAACGCUAGAUCAGUAAGGAAUAAGACUACCGAUAUCGUUGAAUUUGUACUUGAUAAUGAUUUUGACAUCCUCGCGUUGACCGAGACAUGGUUGAAGGAUGACGAUGAUGUUUAUUUGGGAAACUGUAUACCUGAGGGAUAUACCUUUAAUCAUAAGGAUCGACAAGGAAAAGGAGGAGGUGGUGUCGGACUGUUGUUCAAAUCUUCACUGUCGGUCAAGUCAGAAGCUGUACAACAUUUCAUGUCAUUUGAAGCUUAUCAAGCCCGAGUUUCAUGCCAAUCCCGUUCACUUAUUCUCCUUGUCAUUUAUCGCCCAGAUAUAGUGGAAGAGCAAGGCCAGCGAAUACCUUAUAGUCUGUUCCUUGAAGAGUUUGCUACCCUACUUGACUCAUUUGUUCUUGAUCCCUCCGAAGUUGUCCUGACAGGGGACUUCAAUGUAUGGGUCGACGAUUUCAAUGACGUACGGGCAAGGCAGUUUAUGAACAUACUUUCAUCCUACGGAAUGAAGCAGCUUGUACGAGAAGGGACUCAUCUACAUGGCCAUACACUUGAUUUGCUUAUUACUCGGGAUUCAGCCACUCUUGUUUCUGAUGUAUCUGUUAUCCUUGGAGUAUCUGAUCACCACGCUGUCCAGUGUAACCUUGAUUUAAGAAAGCCGUCUACUUCUCGCAGGACUGUCACAACUCGCCCUCUACGAUCAAUGAACAGAGAACAAUUCCGAUCUGGAGUCCAUGAAUCUUUGUCAGAAAUUGACAUUGAGGAUAGCAGCAUCUCUUCGUCUGUCGAAAGAUAUGAUCUCUCUCUCACUAGUCUUCUUGAUAAGCUAGCACCUAAAAAGACUAGAAGUGUUAUCAUCAAACCUUCGAGUCCAUGGAUGACUGAGAAAAUCCAUGCUGCUAAGUGCCUUAGAAGACGCCUUGAGCGCAAGUGGAGGCGUACUAGAAGUGAAGAAGACCGCAAAUCAUAUGUGACACAGCGUCAGGUUGUUUCCCAAGAAAUUGAAAAGGCAAAAACUGAAUACUAUUCAGAGUGUGUUGCAGAAUGCGAAGGAAACCAAAGACGUCUCUUCACUGUUGUAGACGCUCUGCUGCACCGAAAGAAGGAAACUGUUCUUCCGGAUGCUUCUUCUGACCAAAUACUGGCUGAUAACUUUUGUCAUUAUUUCUUCAACAAGGUCACUAAGAUCCGUGAUGACAUUGAUGCCGAGCUUUCGUCAGGACAGUGUACAGCAUUGUGA